CGGGGCAGCGCGGAGCGGCUGCCGGCACUGCCCGGGCUGGAUCCGCGCCGCCAAUGUGCCGCGGGAGGCGGGCGCUCACCCCGGCCCUAGGAUCUCAGAUGCAUGCCAGGUUCCCGCUGAAUGCCAGCAGCAGAGAUCACUACAGAUGGAGCCCCAAAGUCAGCACGGCAGCGGCGGCUCCCUGGUGGUGAUUCAGCAGCCCUCCCUGGACAGCCGGCAGCGCUUGGACUAUGACAGGGACGGCCAGCCCGCCACCAUCUUGUCACUGGACCAGAUCAAGGCCAUCAGGGGCAGUAACGAAUACACCGAGGGGCCGUCGGUGGUGAAGAAGCCGGCUCCACGGACGGCGCCGAGGCAGGAGAAGCAUGAGAGGACUCACGAGAUUAUACCGAUUAAUGUGAAUAACAACUACGAGCACAGGCCCGGCCAGGCGGGGCACGCGGCCCAUCAGCAGAGCGCCAGGGCUCCCGUGCUGAGCCGCUCCACCAGCACGGGCAGCGCGGCCAGCUCCGGCAGCAACAGCAGCGCCUCCUCGGAGCAAGGGCUGCUGGGGCGCUCGCCGCCCUCCCGGCCGGGCUCCGGCCACAGAUCCGAGCGGACGAUCCGGGCGCAGCCCAAGCAGUCGGCGCUGAUCGUGGACGAUCUGAAGGGGCCUCUGAAAGAGGACUUGACGCAGCACAAGUUCAUCUGCGAGCGGUGCGGGAAGUGCAAGUGCGGGGAGUGCACGGCGCCGCGGGCCCUGCCCUCCUGCCUGGCCUGCAACCGGCAGUGCCUGUGCUCGGCCGAGAGCAUGGUGGAGUACGGCACCUGCAUGUGCCUGGUCAAAGGCAUCUUCUACCACUGUUCCAACGACGAUGAAGGGGACUCGUACGCGGAUAAUCCCUGCUCCUGCUCCCAGGCACACUGCUGUUCUAGGUACCUGUGCAUGGGAGCCAUGUCCUUGUUCCUGCCUUGCUUGCUCUGCUACCCUCCGGCCAAAGGAUGCCUAAAACUCUGCCGGGGGUGCUAUGACCGCGUCAAUCGUCCGGGCUGCCGGUGCAAGAACUCCAACACGGUCUAUUGUAAACUGGAGAGCUGCCCCUCCCGGGGUCAGGGCAAGCCCUCAUGAUUUUGGGAGGGAGGUUUACUUCCUCCAACUUCAGUUUUUCAGGUUGUAGCUGAUUUUUUUUUUCCCCUCUCCCCAUCUUUUCUU